AUGGGUCAGUUGCUCGUCAAGGCCUGCUCUGCGAACCCUUCUGAUGCUCUCCCUCGCAGAACGAUGGACCGCGCUCCUCCCCGAUCGGACCCCCGCCCUAACGCGCUUCAACGGCGCGUCCCACACGCAUCGUCCCAAGGUCAAACUGCUCGGUCGACUGCCCGAAGAAGCGUACCUCUCGAUACUGCCUCACUUGGCUUUGGCCGACCUGGCCUCCUGUGCCAGCACGUGCAGGAGCUUGGCACAGUUGGCGAGGGAUGAUCGGGUGUGGGCCGUCAAACUGGACUGGUUGAGCUAUAAAGGGCCGGGGCAGAUCCACUAUGCCAACCAGAAACGGGGAAGCGAAUCACACAAUGAUCCGCAGCCGCCUUCAGCUCCGAAUGGGGUCAAGAACGACCAGCGACCACCGCAGGAGCCUUACCGCGAUGACGACGACGACGACGAUGACGAGCAGCCCAGCAAGGAGCCGCACCACCACGACGAUGACAACGACGACGACGACGAUGACGACUUUGGCGAUUUCUUCCGAGGCAAGCAACCCUCCGUCCCGGCCAUCGAAUCAUCGACCCUCGCUGCACCGACCACCGCCGCGGACGAUGGCUUUGGCGACUUUCAGGAUGCCGCCCAGCGAGUCGACGAUCCCUUCAACCUCGCCACCGACGACUUUGCCCACGUCGACCUCAACCCGCCCUCCAACGCCCUCCCCAAAACAGCCGACGCGGCUGAUCUCAUGCUCAUUUUCGACGACGACGACCAAGACCGCGCCGUCGUCCCACCCGCUGCCCCCUCGGCCACCCCCACCUCCUCCUCCUCCUCAAGGAACCGACCGCUCUCCGUCUCAUCCACCACCACAACCACAGGCGAGACCCUCGACCUCUACCACGUCUUCAAGACGCACUACUCGCUCCUGCUCCCGUACUACUCGUCCCUGUUGACCCAUACGACCUCUUCGCUCGUCUUCACCUCCAACCUCCAACCCAUGUGGCGCGCGCGCAUACUCGCCUCCCUCGUACGCUUCUGCCAACCCCUCGUCGCGCCUACGCGCUCCGUCCCUCAACGCAUGACCGUCUUACGCAACACCCAGUCCGCGAUGGAUUUCUUUGAAUCGGCUCUCUUGGCCGAAUUCGAGAGGGCCGAUACGAAAGGCGACGAAAAGGCGAUGAAGGAGAAGGCGUAUGUGCUCUGGGAGCUCAAUCAGAGCCCGAGCGUGAUUCAGGUCUUUAUACAAAAGAGGGAGAUCUUUUACGAUCAGUCGCAUAACCCGCUCAAGAAUUUGACGUGAGUCUGGAGUCGGACCUGUGAACAUGACUAACAGUGAAAGCUGACCAACGCCCGUUCGCGCACCACAGCAAAUUGACCAGUCCUGAAGGGCAUGUCAGUGACGGGAUCGACUUUACGGCGAUGGACACCUACAUGCGUUACGUGCUCCAGACUGUCGAGAGGGACGGUAGUCUCCUCGCGCGUGCUUUCCCUCCCGAGGCUGACGUGCUCAUCUUUUACAUCGAGAGGAUAGCGAAUGAUGUACGUCCCGCCCUUCAGAUCGCUUUCCCGGCUGGGUCACUGAUGGUCCCAUGCUCUUAGGUCGUCUCGGACUACAUCACCACAUUACUAUCAUCCGCUCAAGACCUGCCCCACCCUCUCUUCCUCCUCGCCACAGCCGCAACCUUCGGCCAAGUCUACCGCCUCGUCGAAAUGACACUCUCGAUCGAACCCAAGAGUCCCCUCGUGACGAGAUCGAGGGCCGAGGACGUCAUUUUCAAGAUGUUUGAACCCUUGAUGGACGAUUAUCUCACGGAGGAAGGGGAAUGGAUCAAGGAGGUGUUGAAAGGGAUCUGUUCAGAAUGGGAUGCCAAGGUGCGUCUAACUUGACGCUUCCUCGGUCUGAGAGGUAGACUGACCGUGAGGUUGUCGUGUUAUUCCCACAGACCGCAUCCAGUCUCGCUAUCUCGGAUCCGACAUUCCUCGCUUCGGCGAACCCAGCUCAAGUCAAGAAGAACGUGCUCGCUGGAUUCGCCAAGGUGCUUCUGCUCCCCGUGACCAUCAUUCCUAAAACGGCCGAAUACGGUCUUCAAGCCAUCACGAUUGGUGCGACGGGCGCGUUCAACACUUUUGCCAAUUUGGGCAGUCAAUUGGGGUCCGGGUCGGGCGGGAAUAAAUCGGGGACGCGGACGCCGAGUGCUUCGAGCUUUGCGGCGACUUCAGCCACGCCUGUGCUUAUGGAUGAUCCGAAUGUCGUUGUACCACCUCCUUUGUCCAACACCACUGCUGCACUCGAGUCGACCACUUCGGCAUGGGGUGGGGACGACCGAUAUUCAAUCCCGCCUCCGUCCAACCCUUCUCUCAAACCUUCCUUCUCCCGCAACCGCUCCGUAGGCCCGGACUCUCGCCGCUCCUCAACGACGACGCUCCCCCAUUCACGCUCCACAACCGAACCUUCCUCCUCCCGCUACGACCGAAUGCAACUCCUUCUCUCUCUCGACACAGCCCUCCAACUGAUCCAAGCCGAUCGGGACUGCCUGAAACGCAUUCAAACCUUCGCCAAAUACCCCGGUAUCUACGGUCGUAAAGUCCGCGACGCCAUCGAAGAAGUCUUCAUAGUCCUUCUCCAAACACUAGGAGAGAAACACGUCGUCCCUGCCUUUCGACAAGCGACGAAAUCGAUGGGCUUGUAUAGGGCUCAAGAUCAUGAGGGCGAAGGUAGUGUGGCUCCGUUGGUGCAAUUUUUCGAGUUGGUGCAUAUUGGGGAUACCAUACAGCAAAUGGUCGAGGUGUAUUUUGAGAAGGAGAUGGUCAGUCCCUUUCGUGGGUGUGGCGGUGGAGUCUCUCCUCAUGGUGCGCCGAUUUGCUAAAGCUGGGUUUCAAACACAAUAAGGUGGCCUACAUCGACCGAAGAGAUUUCCUCAACGUCGUCAUCCGCGAGAAAAAGAAAUUCGAAUCCUCGCUCGACGACGCCGUAGCCCAAGGCCUCAACGCCGGCGUCAACAUCCUCAUGCACCAAGUCGAACACAUCAUCACGACGCAACAAUCCCCUUCCGAUUAUUGUCCCCCCGGUCAAGCCGAGAUGGAAUUGAACUCGACCCGGGCGUGCGCGAACGCGAUUGAGACGUUGACGACGCAUUGCGAUAUGUUGAGGGGGUCGACGGAUAAGCAAAUUCUGGAGGUAUUUCAUCAGGAAGUCGGGAUUAGGUUGCAUGGGUGAGGGUUUCAUCCUUUGGCCUGAGUCUUGGACUCGAGUUAACUCAUCCCUGACACCCCUCUUUCACUCCACAGCAUCCUCCUCAAACACCUCAAACGCUGCACCGUCUCCAUCGACGGCGGUUUCACCCUCAUCGCGGACCUCAACGCAUUCCACUCCUUCGUACAGUCCCUCCGUCAACCGACCGUGACGGCCUACUUCGCCUCGUUGAAAAUGGUAGGUGAGUUGUUCAUCGUCGAUUCACCGAAGGAGUUGGGCGCUUUAGUGAGGGAUGUGAGUCGGUAUGAAGGGACCUUGAGCGCGGAUGAUUUGUAUGAGAUUGGUCAGUUGGUUCUUUGCUGCCCUUUUUUUACGUUGGAUGAUGAGAUUGCCAUAACUGAUGGGGUCCCUCUCGUCGUCAAAUAGUCCAACGCCGCGCGGAUUGGAGGCAGAUCGAAAGUCAGGUCGAGAAACAACUCUUUGGGCUCAAGCUCGCAGACGAUUGUAUCAUCUCUUGA